GUAACCCCUCCACCACUCCCCCCCGGCCCUCUUUUUUUUGUUUUUGACCGCUUUUGCUGUCAAUCUCCCGAAGCCAAGGGAAACAGAGGCAGGGCCGCGAAGAGGAGGAGGACAAGAGGAAGGGAAAGUCGGAUCGGAUCUCCGAUGGCGUCGCAGAGGGAGCGUGAGAACUACGUCUAUGUCGCCAAGCUCGCCGAGCAGGCUGAGCGAUACGACGAGAUGGUGGAAUCGAUGAAGAAGGUGGCGAAGCUUGACGUGGAUAUGACCGUGGAGGAGAGGAACCUGCUCUCCGUGGGGUACAAGAAUGUGAUCGGGGCGAGGAGGGCGUCGUGGAGGAUCCUCUCCUCCAUCGAGCAGAAGGAGGAGGCCAAGGGUAACGAACAGCACGUGAAGAGGAUCCAAGAGUACCGCCAGAAGGUGGAGUCGGAGCUCUCCAACAUCUGCAUCGACGUCAUGACCGUGAUCGACGAGCAUCUCAUCCCUUCGUCCUCUUCCGGGGAGUCCUCCGUGUUUUACUACAAGAUGAAGGGAGACUACUAUCGUUACAUGGCUGAGUUCAAGACUGGCACUGAAAGGAGAGAGGCUGCAGAGCAGUCCCACAAGGCCUAUCAGGCGGCUACCCGUACAGCUGAGGCAGAUCUGUCUCCCACACAUCCAAUUCGACUGGGUUUAGCAUUGAAUUUCUCUGUCUUUUAUUAUGAGAUUAUGAACUCACCUGAAAGAGCCUGCCACCUUGCCAAGCUAGCUUUUGAUGAGGCCAUCUCUGAGCUUGAUUCACUAAGUGAGGAGUCUUACAAAGACAGCACAUUGAUUAUGCAACUUUUGAGGGAUAAUCUCACCCUGUGGACCACUGACAUUCCAGAGGAUGGAGCAGAAGAUGCGAGGGAGGGUACUGGAAAGGCUGGUGGAGCAGAGGAUGCAGAGUGACUCCGACCAUUCUGGAGCCUUGCCCAUACAUAAGGAUGGUGAUGCUGCAAUUAGUGUGCCUGUGAAAUUCUAAGUUUCUAGUUUUCAUUCUUAUUUCUUUAGUUAAUUUUAGUUUGACUGUGGCUGCACGAUCCUAUUUGCGAUUUGUUUGGAAAUCAUUAGUGUCACUGUCUGAACUAGUGAUUGGAAGCAUGGUCUGGCUGCUUUACAAAGUGAUUUUAAGUUAAAAAGUGAUGAAUCAAGGUUCAGCUCUGUUUAAUUUCUACGAGUUGUCAUAUGUACUAUUUUUAGAUUGGGAAGUAUCUUUAGCGUGGUAUGCAAACUUGGUGGAAAAA